AUGGGAAAAACUUCAGCAUUAGUUUUCGAUCGAUCUUUACUAAUUUUACCAUUCACCGCUACUCUAACUGUGAUCAUAACCGUAGUGAUAUGUUACUUAAAGUUUAUACGAAGUCCACAACGAGGAAUAAUGCUUGAAACGUACCCUUCAUCUGAUUUUUAUUUCUUCGUUGGAAUGGUUAUCUUAUUUCCUCAAAUAUUAGUAAUUAUCAUUGGUCGAUUUCGAUCACUAUUAGAAAAUCAAUCAAUUAUUAAUCGGAUUAUUUUAUAUGUUAUUCAUAUCAUUGUUGCUAUUCCCUUGGUUGGAGCUCUUAUUAUAGCCGGUGCACACAACAUUAGUGGUCAUGCUGAUUCGUACGUGUUCAUUUUAGUUGGACUACUUAUAUCUCUUUACUUCUAUUGUAUUCUUCAUACUAUUUAUGUCCUCUAUCUCUAUAUACGUGAAAGGAAUGCUUUUCAAUGGUCAAAAAUCAUGGGACCAUUAUGGUUUCUUGUUUGUAUUCUAUCAAUUAUUCCCUGUAAUAUCGUUCGGAAUAAAUAUAAUAUCAAUCUUCCACCAUAUAUCCUAUUCAUUUUUCCUGUUUUAUAUUGCUUAGGUUUCGUAUAUCCAUUUUGGUUACGAGCUAAAACAAGAAAUAGAUCUUCCGUUGUACUUGGACCAUUAAAGUUCUUAAAUGAUCCCGACCAAGAAACAUUAGUUGAUUUUCCUAUCUAG